ACCGCAAUGAAGCUUCUAUCCAUUCUGCUCGGGCUGGCAGGUCUUGCUGCUGCGAGUCCCAUGGGACUUGCUGAACGUCAACUUUCUGAUGGUAAUGAACUGCGCCAGGGCUCUUGUAAGCCCAUCAUCUUCAUCUUUGCCCGAGCAUCUACUGAGCCUGGCCUGCUCGGUAUCUCCACUGGUCCUGCUGUGUGCAACGACCUCAAGAUGGCAAAAGCCGGCCAGGUCCUCUGCCAGGGCGUGGGGCCCGCAUAUACGGCUGAUCUCAUAUCGAACGCACUUCCGGACAACACUUCCCCGGCUGCCAUCAGCGAGGCGGAGAGUCUUUUCAAGCUGGCUGCUUCGAAGUGCCCUACCAGCCAGAUCCUGGCUGGUGGGUAUAGUCAAGGAACAGCCGUGAUGGACGACUCCAUCAAGCAGCUUUCUGACGACGUCAAGGACAAGAUCAAGGGCGUUGUGCUGUUUGGUUACACUCGCAAUGCCCAGGAGGGAGGUCAAAUCGGCAACUUCCCCAAGGACAAGGUCAAGAUCUACUGUGCCAUGGGUGAUCUUGUCUGCGAUGGUACCCUCAUCGUCACCGCCGCACAUUUCACCUAUGUCAUGAACACGGGUGAAGCUUCUCAGUGGCUGGAAUCUAAGCUCAGCGACACCACCACUUCUUCGUUGACCGAUUCGUCUUCAUCUGGUACCUCUUCGAGCACCUCGACUGGUGACUCCUCUUCCGAGUCCUCAUCCGCGACAGGACUGGGUGGACUGAGUGGUCUAUCUGGCCUGGGCUCGUCCACGUCUGGCGGUUUCCCUUCUCUGGCGUCGCUUUUCUAGGCCGCCAGGUCCAGAUAGGCUAGAAUGGCCGUGGUGAUUAUAGAUGAUUUCAGCCUGAAGGUUCUCCGGCUUUGAUAUAUGAGUUAAAGAACCUUAUGAUGCUUCAAGCUUUACAUCUACAUACAUUGAACCGCAUGUCCGAUCGAAGUCGAGGUGGAUUUUGUGAGUUCAUGAAGCAAGCUGUUUGACAGUAGCUUUUUCUCUCUCAUGCUGUUUUGGUCAACUUUGUAUUGCUUCGAGAGUCCCGAGGGGGACCUCGCAUACCUGCUUGAGUAUAAUGAGCCUACUUGAGAUUCUAUUCCCUGUCUUGUGUCCGUCUCAGUGGUUGAGAUUGCUUGCCGUAUGACCAGCCACAUCACGGAAGCGAAGUGAAUGUUCG